CCUUCAACAUGUGGCCUUUUCUCUCUUAUCGCCCUCCAUUUUUUAUAAUGUAAUUUUGUCUUUCAAGUAUCAGAUUUUGUGCUCUGGUUUUGCUUCAGCACUCUGACUUUGCUUCUGGAAUCGAUUCUGAAGAGACAGAAAGAGAGGGUUGAAGGUGGCAGAAAAUGGGCGAGAUCGUGUUGAGUGCUGAGAAGGUUCUGGAAGCCAUGGAGGCUGAGACCGAGACUCAUAAGCAGAAGGGGACGGCGGAGGAGGAAGAGAGUGGAACAGAGAGUAAAGAUGACGAACUGAACAAUGGAUUGAUGAGGUGGAAGAAGUUCCUGCCCAGGAUGACAUUGAGGGUGUUGUUGGUUGAAGCUGAUGAUUCUACCCGGCAGAUUAUAGCCGCGCUUCUCAGGAAAUGCAGCUACAGAGUGGCUGCUGUUCCUGAUGGCUUGAAGGCUUGGGAAAUUCUGAAGGGAAAAUCACAUAAUGUUGAUCUUAUACUAACAGAAGUAGAUUUGCCAUCGAUAUCUGGCUAUGCUCUUCUCACAUUAAUUAUGGAGCAUGAAAUGUGCAAAAACAUUCCUGUCAUAAUGAUGUCUUCGCAAGAUUCAAUCAACACAGUCUACAAAUGCAUGUUGAGAGGUGCUGCUGACUACCUUGUUAAGCCCCUUAGAAAAAACGAGCUGAGGAACUUGUGGCAGCAUGUUUGGAGAAGACAAUCUUCAACCACUGGUGUAAACGGUCUUGAAGAUGAGAGUGUUGCACAACCGAAGGCUGAAGCCACUGCUGAAAACAAUGCUCCAGAUAAUCAUUCAAGUGGUGAUGCUGCAUGCAUUCAAAGGAACAAGGAAUUAAUUGAGAAAGGAAGUGAUGCUCAGAGCUCUUGUGCAAAGCCUGAUUUGGAAGCUGACAGUGCUCCUGUGGAUCAUGUGUACGAGUCUUCCCAAGCAAAGCAUGCUGAACCAUACCCAAGUGAAACAAAAAUCCAGGAGGUUGAAAUGUGCAUUCAAGCGGACCAGACCUUGACUGUGCAUGACAAUCACGCUGGAGGAUUGACAGUUGAGAUCCGCAAAAAUGGUGAGACUAGUUCAGCUUAUGGCAAGGAUGGUGACCAAGAACAUUUUAGCAGUCCUGUCGCCAGUCAGGAGGCUUAUGACAAUCACAAUGUUCAAAUAACCUCUUCAAAGGAAGCUAUUGACUUGAUUGGAGCAUUUCGAAAUCAUCCAAACUGCAGUCACAAAAGUUCCUCGGUCAAUUGCACGGGCAAGUUUGACUUCUCUCCUCAGCUGGAUCUUUCCUUGAGAAGAUCGCAUCCCAGCAACUUUGAGAAUGAAGCUACUAAAGAAAGGCAUGCCUUGAUGCAUUCUAAUGGCUCAGCUUUCAGGCGGUAUACUAGUAGGCAAACACAAGCCCCGCCAGCAGUGUCUAUAAACUGCUGCAAUCAAGAAAGAGAAAGGAGAACAAAUUGUGAGAACAAUAUCUCAAACAUUGUAGGCUAUAACUCAGACGUUUCAAUGCCUAAUUUGCAAGGAAGUAUUGUGUCUCCAGCUACACCACAAUCAAAAGAAUCUGAGCUCACAACUUCUCCCUCCCAGGGUAGACUUUCGCUUCCUAUUCCAGUAAAAGCUGUAAGGUACGAUGAUCCAUGCACAGCCUAUGGUUCUGCACCUCUUCCUAUGUUAUGUACGCAGUCAGGUCCCGCAGCAACGCUAAAUCAAGACUUGGUUCCACAACGUGAACCAACCUUUCAAGUGAAUGGUUUUUAUCAGUCAGAUACCAAAGAAAACAGUUCAGAGCUGCUUUAUAAACCUCAAGGUCAAAAUGCAAACAACACAACAAGCCACGUUGUGUACAUGCAGGAAAGUAAUUGGGAACGGGCUGAGGAUCGAAGACAUGUCUCUCCCAGAACUGGUCAAAGUGCCUGCAGUUACAGCAAUGCCGACCAGGUUGCUAUUGUCAGGGCAGCUUCGGAGAGCGUGACUGAAGACGUCAUAAAGAGUGGGAGUUCUCAUCGAUCUAUCCAAAGAGAAGCAGCUCUCAACAAAUUCCGCCUGAAACGGAAAGAGAGAUGCUUUGAAAAAAAGGUUCGGUAUGAAAGCAGAAAGAAACUUGCAGAGCAGCGUCCAAGAGUGAAGGGACAGUUUGUUCGUCAAGUGCAGCAGGAUGCCUAGGCUGCAGACAAAGAUUGUUGAGACUCUGAUCAUUAGAGAAUUGCUGUCACACCAAGUUUUUAGAAUGAGGUUGCUUGAAAAUUUUGUUUCCCGGAGUCCUUGUAGACGACAGCCACUUUAUGUGUAUAUACUUCCGGAAAAAAAGUUUAUUUUCCUUUCUUCUAGAUCUUGAUGACAUGUUAUGUGUGUUGUAAGUUUGUAACUAGAAUAUAGAGCUUUGUAAAUUCUGGCUACAUGAACUUGCUUGGCUCACUAAAUAUGUAUUUAUUUGUGAGGAAUGGAUAGGCCUGUGUUCUUUUU